AUGGAUUAUAAAUGGGAAACUGAUGAAAAGAAUUUAUUUGAUUAUCAUUUUAGAGUAGGUGAUUAUGUAUCAAUAAGAGGUGGAAAUGGUGAUUUAAAACUUGCAAAAGUUGAACAAGUAAAGGAUGCAAGACUUUGGGUAAAACUUGUAAAUUUUGGAGAUAACUCUCACCGUACUAGACAUAGAGGUUAUAGAUGGGGAUAUCGUAUGAGUGAAUCUAGUACAUUUUUAGUAACAGCUCAAGAUUUUAUAAAGAAAGGUUAUCCAUUAUAUAAAAAAAAAGUUGAAGAAAUUAAAGAAAGACACAAAAAUUUUCAUCAAGAUUGUGUAAACUAUAAUGCCGAACAUGGAAAUCCACAAAAAAUAAAGAAACCAUCAUAUACAAAAUUAAUUAGAAAGAAAUUAAAUGAAUCAGAAGCUCCAGUUGAAUAUCAAAGUAUUUAUAAUUAUUUUACACCAAAUAUACGUAGUGGAAGAGCUAUUUCCAAUCAUAUAAACAAUGAUAGUAGUUGGAGUUAUAGUAAAAGAAAAGAAGAAUCUGAAUCAGAGGAAGAAGAUGAACAAUAUGAAAUUAAGAUAUUAACAGAAGAAGAGUACCAACAAAUCGUUGAAAAAAUGUCAUAUAAUAAAUUUUUAAAUCAAUUUAUUAAACAAGAACAAAUUGAUAGAGAAUUAAAAAUUGAAAAAUCUACAAAUAAUUCCAACAAUAAAAACUCUAAAAUCAAAACUUUUGAAAUUAAUGAUAAAAGAGUUAAAAGAUUUGCUAUGAAAUAUAUUAAACCUGAAGAUUUAGAACAAAGAUUAAAUCAAAAAAUAAAUAAUAAUAAUGAUUCAAAACAAGAACAAGAAGAAUUAGAACAAGAAGAAGUUGAACAAAAUCAUUUUGAAUAUAAUAAUAAUUAUAUUGAUAAUGAUAAUUAUUAUUAUUAUAAUGAUAAUAAUCAAGAUGGAUUGUAUAAUAAUCAAGUUUAUCAAGAAGAAGUUUAUUAUAUUGAACCAGAAGAACUUGUAACAUUUGAUGAUUAUAAUAAUCAAUCUUUUGAUUAUAAUUCAGACAAAGUUGGUAGUGGUAGUAGUAGUGGUGAUGGAAAAGUGGAAAAUGAUAAAAUUAUUUUCAAACAAAAUGAAAUAUUUAAAAAACUUGAAAAAGAAUUACAUGUUUCAACCAAUCACUAUUAUAAUGAAGAUUAUGAAAGAUUAAUAAAUACAUUUAAUUCUGGUUUCAUUUUACAAGAUGAACUUCAUCAAAGAAGAAUGGAUUUAUUACGUGAUCAUUUUAAUAUUGAUCUUUCUAAAUUCCAGAUUUAA